GCCUGUCCCACCCGGAGCCCAUGGCAGAGGGGAAGACCUUCCGCUACGGGUUCAUCAUCCUGGGCUUCUUCCUGGUGAUGCUGGGCAUGUUCAUCAUGAGCGUGGAAAAGCCCCAGUACUACAUCACCUUCUGUGUCCUGGGAGUGCUGCUCGUAGCCGUGGGCAUCACGUGGAGCAUGUGCCAGUGCUACCCAAAGAUAACUUUCGUCCCUGCGGACCUCGAGGCCGAGCGGUUCCUGGACCACAAACCCACGGUGCUGCCACAGAAGGACACCGGCUUGAUUUCCCCCUGCCCCAGCCAAGAGGCCAGCAGCAGCUACGAGAAGAGCCUGCCAUCCUAUGAGCAGAUCCAGAGGCAGGGGAGCUCGGCCCCAGCGCCGGGCACGGCCCAGCCCAGGUCCCGCAGCUGCUCCCAGCCAGCCCUGCAGGCCAAGGCAGAGAUCCACCGGGAGCUGGGGGCUGGGGACCCCCUCCAGGACCUGGCACCCUGCCUGGAAACAGCGGCAGGCAGCUGCGCCGCCCGGCCAGCCCCGGGGGAUGCCCCGCUGGCAUCCCUGCUGGACGAGAUGGACACGCCGUCGCUGGAGGGCUCCGUGCCCGGCAGCCCCGCGCCGCAGAGCCGGACCCUGCCCCGCUCCGGCCGCCCCCCGAGCAGCUCCCCCGGGGGAGAGCAGCCCCGAGCCCCCUGGGAAGGCGCCGGGAAGGAGGAUGAGCUCUACUACGGGCUCCAGGAGGAGCCGGGUGCUCUGCUCAAGGAGAGCGAUGGCCUCUCCGAGCCUGAAAACUGAUUUUCUGGAAAAAAAAAGCGGCCGCUUGGCAUGGACUCGCCUCAUGGAGGGGACACACAGGGCACAGCCUGGAGGAAAGGGGGUUGUCCCCAAAUUGCCGUGGCGCCAGGGUCCUGCCUGUCCCUGUGCCGUGCUGCAG